CUGACGCUCAAAGAUGUUAGGUUAUGUUGUUAAGAUGUCAUUGAGUCAUUAUUUUCUUAAUUUAUUUUGAAAUAAUCUUAAAAUGAGUUCCAUUGAAAGAGAUCCCAAUAAGAGGAGGGUGAAACCAGUGGAGCAAGCAUGUGUAUUAGAUUUUGAUGAAGAAAGUUCUGAUGAUAGUGAUUUUCGAAUCGAGGAUCAUCCAGAAAUUAGUGAUGAUGAUGAUUCUCUUGACAGUCACGGAGAAAGAAAUGAAAAUGAAAGCAGUGGUGAGGAGGAAGAAGAGUCUGAGGUAUCUGAUAUAGACGAACUUAAAGAUUUAAAUCUUUCAAAUAGCAAUGGUAUUACUUCUAUUGCAGAUGUACUUCACCAGGCUACCAUACAAUCAAAGUUAAAGUUCGAUCAAAGAGAUGCACAAAUACUUAUCUGUUGCGGAUGCUUAGGAGACCAAAGUGAUGGUAUAAAUGAGAUUGUUGAGUGUGAUGGUUGUGGCGUUACAGUCCAUGAAGCUUGUUAUGGAGUAUCAGAUUCAGCUAGUCUAGCAAGUACUGAUUCACUCUCCCCCACAACACCAUGGUUUUGUGAAGCUUGCAAAGCAGGUGAGAAAGACCCAAUUUGUGAAUUGUGUCCUAAUAAAGGAGGAAUUUUCAAAGAAACCGAUGUGGGAAAAUGGGUACAUUUAGUCUGUGCUCUAUACGUGCCUGGCGUAGCUUUUGGUGAGGUAGAUAAGCUGACGAGCGUAACUUUAUUUGAAAUGCCAUACAGCAAAUGGGGAGCGAAAACCUGUUGUCUUUGUGAUGAUGAUAGGUUUGCUAGAACAGGUGUCUGCAUCGGUUGUGAUGCAGGAAUGUGCAGGACAUACUUUCACGUUACUUGUGCACAAAGGGAAGGAUUCCUUUCAGAAGCUCAUUCCGAAGAAGUUGAUCAAGCCGAUCCAUUCUAUGCUCAUUGUAAAUUGCAUUCCGAUAAAACUCUUGUAAAAAAGAGGAAGAGAAACUAUUUGGCUCUUCAACUUCGUACACAUUACAGGAAGUAUCAGUUUGAACAAGAGGGUCAUAAAGAUACUCCAGAACAAGUAAGGAUACAGAGGAAGUUGGAAAAACAGAAGGUUCAUUAUUUAAAUCACAAAGCCCUCAAACCACCACCUUGGGUGCCAACGCAAAAAAUGCCCAGAUUAUUAACAACUAGCGCAUCUGCCUGUCGGAAACUUUUGCGCAAAGCCGAGCUCAUGGGCAUAAACACAUUAGCCUUAGAGAUGCAGGAGGCGCAGGCAGCUGCUUUGGUGGAUGUAAGAAAGAAAUGGCAUAUUCCUCCUGCGUUUACGGUAGAGUUCAUUGCGUAUUAUUUAGAUCGCAAUGAUCGUCUGAAAGAAAUGAAAACUACAUUGGAAAAAUUGAUGGAGGAUAAUAAGAAUUUAUUAGAUGAACAGCAACAUUUGAGGGUUAAAUAUGAUGAGGUUCUGAAGAAAAACACUGACGUGACUUCGAAAAAUAUUGACCUAAAACAAAACAUUCACAAAUACCAUUCAGCUAUCUUGAGUGCCUGCCCGACUAAGAACUUGCCCAACAUUGAAGAUUUGGGUAAACCGCCCAUCGCCAGAGCUCCACAACCUAUGAUGGUGCCAACUGCGGCCGCCUUGAAAAUGGGAGUUGGGUUUCCGCUGAAGAAUAUUCCUUCAGGUAGAGGGGAUAGGGUGCUUAGUAGUCAUGCUAACAAAGAUCCUCUAAUGCUGAACGAGUGCGGUAUUUGCCGACAAAGGAGAGACCAGCACCUCCUUGCAAAAUGCGACACCUGCCAUCUGUUUUACCACCUCGAUUGCCUCAAUCCGCCCUUGAGUCGCCUCCCAAAAAAAUCGAAGUUAUAUGGAUGGCAGUGUUCAGAAUGCGAUAAAACAUCGGAUUCCGAAGUAGAGGAAGUGAAAACUCCCCGUCGAAGUCGAAGCCGCUACAGUAAAGAAAACAAAUCGGACCAAGAGACCUCUUCUCCUCCCAAACUUAAAAUAAAACCCGUGGGUCCCAUCGAAUCCAAGUCCAGUCCUACCAGUCCCCUGCUCCACGUAAGAAAACAUUCUCAUUCCUUUAAUAGAACCCUGCCCAGCCUUAGCACAUCACACGACACUAAUAUACAAGACAUGUCCUUAAAUAGUACGACUGAAUCCAACGGCUUGAAAGUUAUACUUGAUAAUUGUAUCGAGGGGCACAAGUCUGCAAAAAAACGCAGAAGGGAAAAGCACAGAAACCGAUACUCUCCCGACUUGGGGAUUUCUUCGAAGGAACAUAAAAGAAAGAGAAAGAAGAAAAGUCUCGACAUUGAAGACACUCUUCCACAUCCUAGGAUUACGAUUAAGAUUAAACCCAUUCCAUUACCUGCUGGAGAGGUUGCAUCCGAGUCAAACCCACAAUGUUUUUAUGUCCCUAACGAAGAUGACGACAACGGUCCUCCCCCGUUGCCACCGAAAGUAGCAAAAAUAGAGAAAAGGGAGGUACGGAAAAGCAGGAGUCCUAGAGUGUCGGAAACCGGCAAGGGCGAAGACAAAUAUAAAAGUAUCUCUAAAAAGGUUGGAAUGGCAUCAUCUACUGAUAACGUUUGCGAUGUUUGCCAGCAGGAAGGUUCUAACAAUGAUUCGGUGAAAUGCGACGAAUGCCAGAAGAAUUACCAUUUCACCUGUUUAGAUCCUCCAGUGAAGAAAACCCCAAAACGGAGAGGAUAUUCUUGGCACUGUGCCGAUUGCGACCCCACAGCUUCAGAAUAAUUAUUGUAUUUAUGUGUUUAUAGGUAUAAUCAGUCUGUAUUCUAACAUUACCGAAAUAAAUCCAGUUAUUUUAA